AUGCUCAGCUCCCCUUUACGUAUAUUUCGAUGUUAUAUAUGUGUUGAAAAUCGCAUAAAGGCACCUCUAACAGAUCUUAGCCUCUUAGUCGAGCAUCUAGCUAUGCAUUUUGAAUUUCAUCUUUUCGAGUGUGGUGGAUGCAAUCAAAAAUUCGCGACACCAUUCCUCGCUAAUUUUCAUAUCAAAGAAGGGAGAUGUAAGAGAGAGGAGGGUGAACUGUGUGAUGAUGGUGGAGCGCCGCUCAAAGCUGUCGCUCUUGAUUCUGUGGAAUUCGAAAGUUUCUGUCAUCUCCAAAAUGCAAUCACAAAAUGUACGGAAUUAAUGCUCUAUGAACUAAACUACGGAGAGGAUGAUCUAAUGAAUGCUUUGAAUUCUAAUAAACAGAAUCCUAAAUGUCCAAAUUCACCUGAGCUCAUAAUCAGAGAAGAGCGUCAGAUCCAAACUUCACCUCCUUUGGAUUCAGCUCCAACAAAAAGAGUCCCUUCAGCUACGAGGUCAUCUGCUACUGCUACACCUCAAACUAAUCCGGCAUUUGAUCCUUCUGCUCUUGGAUCUAGUGUUCGAGAAAGAUCGCCCUCGGAUAUUUCGCUGGCGACCAAUUCCACUACUGAGCUAGGAGCGAAAGAGGGGGAACUAGCGGAGGGUUGCUCAUUUAUUUCUGACGAUGAGGAGGAGGGCGAGGCGCUGAAACAGCUGCAAGUGAGCAUUGAGGUUGAUGACGGUCUAUCUAUGGUCAGCAAUAGCCCGUCAAUCACCGUUGCUCCUGCGAGUCCACCGCACAGCCCGCCAAGCACAGGUGCAAGUUCAAUACCAUCCUUGUUGAGCUUGAAGUUUGACGGUAUGUUUGGCUACGACUUGCCUCCUCGUCGCGAUAUACGUCAGCCUGUCGUGAUGCCCCAACGACCACCAGCUCCAGCUCCGACUGACUACAUCGAAGCAGACUCCUCUUCAACCGCACAACAGUCUUUCUUCUUCCAAACUCUGCCGCCACAACUAAAACAGCACAAUCUGAACUCGCUCAACGAUGCUGUGUAUCCAGUGUUGGUACCAGUGUAUUCAGAUGGUGUUCAGGUCUUUCCAGGACAACCCCAGUUGGUACAUCCACAGACGGUUCCUGGCCAUUCAAGCCAAAUGCCACCUAUCCAGAGUGAAGCGAUAUCACCACACCAGACAGUUGCGUGCUAUACUAUAUCGCCUACGGUAGGAGAAGUAUCAUCGUCAACGAACUCUGUUCCGAUUCAUGAUGACAGGAGGUUUUCGGAGAACUUGCCGGUGUUUCCGCCAUAUGUAGAACAUAAUCUGGCCCUGUUAAGGGUGGAAUCGCCGGUGCACGGUCAUCUACCGCACGAUUUUAUUGCCGACAUUAACAGCACCAUUGAAGAUCGGCCAGAAAGUGAUCUAUCGCGGCUUUCUUUCGAGGAUGAUGGGUACCACAUCGCCGACGACGCAGUCCACAGUUUGAGCAACAGCGAUCACUCAACAUAUGGAAAAAAAGUUGAUCAGCGACCAAAUGGCACAGACGAAGAGUGGUUGGGAUGCGAAGAACGUGCUGCGUGCCAACGGCUUGGUGGUAUCGCGGUUCCAAAUAUCCAAAAGAUUGUCAGAAACCGGGAGAAACAGCGAUACAGCUAUGGAAUCACAGUGGUUCGUUCCUUUGAUCCACAUUCUGGAACGACAAUAUCGCCCAGAAGAAGAGAUAACGAUGGGCGUCGAAGCCGAGCUUCAUCAAGAGCUCGAUCAUCGCAGAAGCGUUCCAGAACAACUGGACCGCGAUCGCGACCGUCGCACUCGAGAAGUCCGCCGCGUGCUUCCCAUCUGAGAAAUCGUUCUCCGUCAUCUUCACCUGUUAGGAGAUCGACUUCCAUGGAGAGAAGUCGUCGUCGUCAACGACCCACAAGGGAAAAAUUCGAAAUAUUUCCACCGUCGAUUCUUGAUAGAGAUAUGCCUGGUACUAGUCGUAAUUCGGAGCGAUCACGACAUAGAUCCAAAAGUCGACGAAGAACUGAAAGUAAUGAUGAGAGAGAAGAGCUGGAAGACGAGGAACUGUCGCAUGGUGAUGCUACGUCUUCCAAGUCUUCAGAUUGGCAUUCUGAAGCAUCCUCUGAUAUAGAAGUACUGGAAGUGGUUCAACAUUGGGUAAACAAAGCGCGUCGAUCGCCGUGUGCCACAGUGCCGUCCCAUUUCGCUGAUUGGAAGAAAAAGCACGCAAGACUCUCAAAAGUUCAAGCACCGCCUAAACCUCGAAGGCAAAAGUAG